AUGGUUAAGCUGUUGAGUUUCUCCAUCACAGAGUUGUCUGUUGUUUCUUCCACACCAGCCUUGACCGGAGGCCCCAUUUCUGGAACGUACCGUCUGAGACAGUUUCAUUUUCACUGGGGAUCCAGUGAUGACAGAGGAUCCGAGCACACUGUCAAUGGUAUCAACUUUCCCUGUGAGCUUCACCUGGUUCACUGGAACACAAAGUACCCAAGCUUCGGAGAGGCAGCCAGUCAGCCUGAUGGACUUGCUGUAGUUGGGGUCUUUCUCAAGCUUGGUGCUUCCAACCCCAGACUUCAGAAAGUUUUGGAUGCUUUGGAUGCUAUUAAGACAAAGGGAAAGCAGACUACCUUUGCUAACUUUGAUGCAAGGACUCUUCUGCCUGUUUCUCUGGAUUAUUGGACCUACGAGGGCUCUCUGACCACACCCCCCCUCUUGGAGAGUGUCACUUGGAUCGUCCUCAGGGAGCCAAUAAGUGUCAGCUGUGCACAAAUGGCCAAGUUCCGCAGUCUUCUCUUCACUGGUGAAGGUGAAGCUCCAUGCUGCAUGCAGGACAAUUACAGACCCCCUCAGCCUCUGAAGGACCGUCAGGUCUGCGCUUCCUUCAAAUAAACCCUGCUUCAUCAACACAGUUCCUUUGCCCCUUUGUUUAUCGGUCAAUCAUUUCCUUAACCUUCUUAAUCUCAUAAUUUUAUUGUUCUUCACAUGCAGUCUUUAUUCAACUGUUAUUGGCCUUUCAACAUCAACUUGAAAAGUAGAAGAAAAUCUUAAUCUUUGACACUAUAGAGAACAUACAAAAUGUCCCACUUGUAAAAAUUUGAUUUACAUUUUCCACUCUAACAUGGGUAUCAAGGGACUACCAACAAUGGGACAGGAAUCCUGACCCUUGAUCUCCUCUUGUUGUCAUGUUGUGAAUCUUAUAUUUUCUGGCCAGGCUGUAAGUAAUCAUCUAUAGUGCCCUUGUAUGUGCGAGAAGACACUCUUAAUCAAAAAUGUAAUGUCUAUCUAAAAUAUUAUCUUUUGAAUGUUCCAAAAGUUAUGUUUUUGUUAUGAUGGGAAUUUGGAGCAAAAGCCCUAAUCGCAUGCAAGAAUAUUUAUCGAAUAAUAAUAAUGAUACAACAAAUUCCCCUUCGCCUUAAAAAAUAAAUAUGCUCUGCUCUGUUUGAAACUGAAAGCCUCUAUGCAUUUCCUAAAGCUCUUUCCAUUCUUUCUGCUAUUUCAGUUGAUGAGAUUGUUAAAGCAAAUGUUUCUAUUGAUGUUUCUUUUAGACAAUUUGAGACAGAUUGAUAACACCAGCAAUGGUAGAAUUUGGACAUGAUAUUAUAAUCUGAUACUUUAACACAAGCUAAAGUAUCAGCAUAUGUCAAUAAAAUGUUAAACAUUGUCAACAAUCUAUUUAGAUGUCACUACUCUUUCUAACUGGAAUCAACAGAAUGUAUUCAUUACAGGUGAGCGCAAUUAUACUAUUUUAUCAUACUAUUAUAUCAAUGUUAUUUCAAAUGUUAUGAACAAAAUCUGAUUAUAAUUAGGCUAAUGUAAAACUGCUAUAGUGUGUCACUUGAUAGCUGUCACAAUACAAAUGGAAAAAUAUUUUGUUUUAAUCUGUCAUGGUAUGAAUGGUCAAGAAUGUAGCAAUAAAAUCUGAAACAGUU